UUUAUGUAUAUGAAGAAAAGUCUGCUUAGGCUGUGUAUGCAUUUAUAUAAAUGAAUAUGAUGUGAAACUGUAUUUUUAAAUGGAAGCAACUGACGGAGGCAAUGAUUGCAGAGGCAACAGGAUCUGUGUGAUGGCAUCGCCGUUGUGCUUGUGCUUCUAUUUCUGCUUGACGAUCACCGCCGCCAUAACUCGAGCUCAAAACACCACCGAUCCAGCUGAAGCGCGAGUUUUAAAUGCAAUGUUCAGCCAAUGGGGGAUACCGGAAAGUUCAGCAACACAGAUGGGAUGGAACAUAAGCGGAAACCCAUGCAGCGGGGCCGCCGUGAACUCUACCGACUUCAAUGCCUUCGGUUACAAUCCCGGCAUCAAAUGCGACUGUAAUUUCCCCAAUUCUACUUGCCACAUCACCCAACUAAAGGUUAUUGGAAUGGAUGCUGUAGGUCCAAUUCCAGAAGGACUCUGGACUUUGACUUACCUUACAAAUAUUCAGUUGGCCCAGAAUUACUUGACAGGUCCCUUGUCACCUUCCAUUGGCAAUUUAACUCGGAUGCAGAUCAUGAGUUUUGGCAUCAAUGCGUUAUCAGGGCAAGUUCCACGAGAGCUAGGACAACUUACUGAUCUUAGAUCACUGAGUUUAAGCACAAACAGUUUCACUGGUCCCCUACCAUCUGACCUUGGAAAUUUGAGAAGAUUACAAGAGCUUUUCAUUGAUAGUGCUGGAGUUGGUGGUCCUAUACCUCCUUCAUUUGCUAACUUACGAAACCUGCAGACAGUAUGGGCUUCUGAUAAUAAUUUCACAGGCAGAAUACCAGACUUUAUAGGGAAUUGGUCACAGUUACAAUUUUUGUGGAUUGAGGGGAACUCUUUUGAAGGUUCAAUACCACCUUCGUUUUCUAAACUGGCCUCUUUGCAGGAAUUGGGCAUAAGUGGUUUAUCUAAUGGAACUUUGGAUUUUAUUAAUGGUAUGAGGUCCCUGAGUAUUGUAAGGUUGAGGAAUAACAAAAUAUCUGGCUCUAUUCCAAAUGACAUAGGAGAAUAUGAAAGCUUGACAGAACUGGACUUGAGUUUCAACAAUUUGAGUGGGGAGAUUCCAAGAGGAUUAUUUAGCUUGAGCCAAAUGUCUUUAUUGUUUCUUGGAAACAAUAGUUUAACUGGUACUCUUCCCGAUGUAAAGAGCACAACUCUCCAGAAUAUUGAUCUGUCACACAAUGAACUAUCUGGGACACUUCCUUCUUGGGCCGAUGACUCGGGCUUACAACUUAAUAUAGUCAUGAACAACUUCACUAUAGGUGUUUUUGAAGGCAGAGGUUUGCCUUUAGGAGUGGUUUGUCUCCAAAGGGAUUUCUCUUGUUAUCGUGGAUCACCAAUAUAUAGUAGCUUUGGAAUCAAUUGUGGUGGCCCACAAAUUACAUCCUCAAGCCAAUUAGUCCAUGAGCAAGACAACGAACAACUUGGGCCCGCAACAUACUAUUUGACUCCCGAAAAGAGGUGGGGUGUCAGCAAUGUGGGAGUGAGUCUAAGUGACAACCCCCCCAAAUACAGAGUCUCCACUCUACACGAGUUUACAAACACUUCAGAUCCACAACUCUUCCAAACAGCAAGACUCUCUGCUGGAUCUUUAAGAUAUUAUGGCUUAGGACUUGAGAACGGCAACUACACUGUAAACCUUCACUUCGCAGAACUUGAGAUACAAGAUGGUCCCACUUGGAGAAGUCUUGGAAGGCGUGUAUUUGACAUUUAUAUCCAGGGAAAUCGGGUGUUUGAAGAUUUUGAUAUAAAAAGGGAAGCAGGGGGAGCUUCAUUUAGUCCUGUUUCAAGGGAAGUAACAGUCCAGGUGUCACAUAACUACCUUGAGAUACAUUUCUUUUGGUCUGGAAAAGGGACUUGGGCUGUACCUGACCAAGGAACUUUUGGACCACUUAUCUCAGCAAUCAGUGUCACCCCAAAUUUCAUACCUACUGUGAGCAACAAUCCACCUUCCAACAAAAAGAAGAAUAAUACCGGUUUGAUUGUGGUGGGGCUUUUGGUUCCGAUUGCAGUUGUGAGCUUGUUGACGUUAUUAGCCAUUUAUAUUCUUCGUCAGCAAAGGAAAAGGAAGGAUAAUAAUGACAACUAUGAUGAAGAUUUUUUGGGAAUUGAGGCAAGACCAUAUACUUUUGGUUAUGGAGAAUUGAGAGAUGCAACAGAUGAUUUUAGUCCUGCAAAUAAGCUUGGGGAGGGUGGUUUUGGACCUGUUUACAAGGGAACACUUGCUGAUGGGAGAGUAAUAGCUGUAAAACAACUAUCCAUAGCUUCCCACCACGGUAGGAGUCAAUUUGUGGCAGAGAUUGCUACAAUAUCCGCAGUCCAACACCGUAACCUCGUGAAAUUAUUCGGAUGCUGCAUCGAUGGAGCAAAACGACUUCUUGUCUAUGAGUAUCUUGAAAACAAGAGCCUCGAUCAAGCAUUAUUUGGUAUAAAAAGUUACAUAUUUUUAGACAUCAAAUAUAAGGUACUAAAGUAUAAUGCUAUAAUGUUACAUUUUUUGGUCUAUGAUGUAGGAAGGAAAAAAUUGUCACUUGCAUGGUCUACCCGUUUUGAUAUAUGCAUGGGGUUAGCACGCGGUCUCUCGUAUCUCCAUGAGGAAUCUCGCAUACGGAUUAUACAUAGAGAUGUGAAAUCCAGCAAUGUUUUGCUUGAUUCUGAUUUGAAUCCUAAGAUAUCGGAUUUUGGUCUGGCUAAACUUUAUGACGACAAGAAAACGCACAUGAGUACUCGUGUGGCAGGCACAAUUGGGUAUCUGGCACCAGAGUAUGCAAUGCGUGGACACCUCACGGAAAAGGCUGAUGUGUUUGGGUUUGGAGUUGUUGCUCUAGAGAUCAUCAGUGGAAGGCCCAAUUGUGAUUCAAGUGUGGCAGAUGAGAAAAUAUAUCUUCUUGAAUGGGCAUGGAAUUUACAUGAAGCGAACCGUGAACUCGAGUUAGUGGACGAAGAACUGUCUGAAUUUGACAAAAACGAAGUGAAAAGAGUAAUAAAAGUUGCCCUUUUAUGCACACAAACUUCACCCACAUAUCGACCAUCAAUGUCGCGUGUGGUGGCCAUGAUUUCGGGUGACAUUGAAGCAAGUGGUGAAAUUACUCGGCCUGAGUAUUUGACUGGUUUCAGUUUUAAUGAUACUACAACUUUUAAGAGUGCAGUUCCUGCUUCAUCUACAACUUCGGGUGGUGAUGGUAUGGCUAGUACGAGUAACUCAACAGCUUCACCAUCACUGCUUUCCCCACUUGAUAUUUACCGACCCAUGCUUUAUAAUAUUAAGGGAGAAGGUAGGUGAUGUGAUCACCUAAAUUCCAUUCAUGGUAUAUAUGUAAAGUUCCUUGAUUUAGAUUUUAGACUUUAACUAGUGGAUGGCUCGCGGGUUUAUUAAUCCUAUAUUUUAGACACAAUUACUAUAAUAUUCCCUUACACGGUGGGACCAUUUCUAUAAGUUUUAUGAAACACAUGGACCAUUUCUAUAAAUUUAUAAAACAUAGGAACUAUUUCUGUUA